UGCAUCCCAUUUUCCUCAUUGUCCAGAACCACCCCAUUCCCACCUCAUUCUACACUGCUUCUCAAGUUGUAAACUAAAAAUGGCAAGCCAACCACGUCCAUGGUUUCGCUUGUCAUCUAUUGUUAUGCGCCAGCCUACUCCUGCUCCCGCUCCACCACCAACUCCUGCUCCCGCUCCCGCUCCACCACCAACUCCUGCCCCUGCUCCACCACAAACCCCAGCUACUCGUCCACCACCUCCAGUUACCACCCCUCCGCCGCCAACUCAAACUCAAGAGCCAGCCCCUCCGCCACCCCCAUCAACUGCUCGGUCUCUGCCUCCCACUGCUCCAUCAUCGCCUCCUGCACCCACUGCACCUGCACCAAGGGCCCCAGUUGCACCCCCUGCGCCUCCACCAAUAAGUUCUCCAGUUGCGCCACCAGCUCCUCAACCAUCUCCAUCAAGGCCCCCGCCAAGGUCUCCGGUUGUGCCACCAGCUCCUCAACCAUCUCCACCAAAGUCCCCUGUUGCACAACCUGCAGCUUCACCAAGGUCUCCUGCUCCUCCGCCAGCUCCUGGACCAUCUCCCCGCGGGAAGUCUCCUGUUGCACCACCGGCUGGAGCUCCACCAAGGUCUCCUCCUCAACCAUCUCCAUCAAGGGCCCCACCGGGGUAUCCGGUUGUUUAUCCAAUUGCUGCUCCCACACCCCGGUCCCCAACUCCAGCACCACCUCCGCCAACUUCUUCUUCCCCAAAACCCGUUGCAACUGCAGCUCCGAAGGAAACAGUUAAUGGCAAGGCCGCAGCACCUGUAUCAUCUCCGAAAGUUGCCAAACUUGCGGAAAAAAGCCCAGCACAGUCUCCUAAAAUGAAGCCUUUAUCUCGCCCUCCCUCCCCUUUAACCCUACCACCCGCACAAAUGACGACAGAUGGGGAGAGCGAGCCGAAGAUUGAGCAAAAAAGUGUGCUGGUGCAAGAAACCAUUGACAAACCAACGAAAAUGCAUAAUGCUCAUAAUAGUGGCGUUGCUGGUAAUUGGAAGAGAGAACCAACAAAGAAAGAUAAGAGCACAGGUGGCAAGAAAUUACUUUCUGAUUCGGAAGAUUUCGGGAUGAGGGUCAUCACCCUUGCAGGCGAAAACAAAGGAGCUGUGAUGGAGUUAACCACUUCCCACAAGAAGACUCACUCUCACAACCUUGAUGAGAAGAAGAAAAACGGUAAAUCUGGGUUUCAAUCAAAUAGUGAGAGUGGUGAAGAAGGAAAACAUAACGAUGAUAAGGAAGCAAAGGCAGUGCAAUCUCAACCAAUGACAGCAUUCUUGAACAGCAAUGUUCAGGGAGUAAACAACUCAAUUCUGUUCAACGCCACUUGUCGCUUCAACGAUCCAGGCAUCCAUCUCUCUCUCACUAGAAAGGCGAACAAGGACUAAAUUAAGCAGCAUGGAUAAAUUGAUAUCUGGCUGCAAAGGACGCACGGUGAGUGCAUGGAAGGCAGCUAAAGGGCAUACAUCCUGCGUGCCCCUGCAGGUUUACGUUCGUUCUUGGAUUGAAUAAAAUUUACUAUAUUUUGGCUUCUGAA